AUUUACAGGUGUACUCUGGCUUUCGUGUGGAAUAGCUUUACCUGUGUGGAAUAGCUUUAUCGCAUUCCUGCAUCUCUCAAGGACGAAGAGAUGAGCGGUAGCAGCAAUUACUAUUCGGAAGAAACUAGAAUAAUAGCACCGGCAGCUCGUACUAAAGUUGGUACUGCUGCGCCGAAAAUCUUUGGCAAAGAGCUACGAGAUUUGGAUGAUGGUGAUCUAGAAGGGCUGUUGUCCAAAUUAUCGCCUGAAGAACUCGAAGAUCUCAAUAGUGACUUCGAUCCUGAUAACUCUUUACUUCCACCAUCACAACGAUGUCGCAACCAAACUAGCAAACAGCCAACUGGACCUUACCAAAGAGAUAAACUGUUGUUGUUCCUCGAGGAAAGCGCAAAACAAGAAGAAGAUUGGGAAGAAUGGGUACCCUUUAGCCCAGGAAUUAAAAGAGGAAAAAUUUAUGAACCGAAAGAAAACAAUGAUAAGAAAUCCGGGAAAAUGGAAAUGCCAAUAGAGCUGGAUUUGGAUGAUGAUGAUGAUGAGGACGAUUUGGAUGAUGCAUUGCAUGAAGCACCUGAAAAAGAUCUCGUUGAUUUAGCUGGUAUUCUGGGAAUGCACAAUCUACUUAACCAGUCACAGUACUACAAUGCUUUGAAGGGUAAAGGUCAGGAUGAAACAACAGGAACUACAUUUAGUGGUGUUGUUAGGGCUUUCGAAGCGAAGAUUCUUCCGGAAGAACCGGAAAAUGAAACGGACGUUGAUGAUUGCAUCAAAAAACUUGAAGCAAACGAUGAGAUGGUAACUGAAGUAAAUAUCAACAACAUGAAGCGAAUAUCGAAGGAGCGUAUCAGAGCUCUCAUUAAAGCUUCCUGUGCUAGCAAGCACAUUAAAAAGCUGUCGAUGGCCAAUACUGCUAUCUCUGAUCAAGAAGCUAGAGGUCUGGUUGAAUUGUUGGAAACAUCGCCAUCACUACGUGUUUUGAAUGUUGAAUCAAAUUUUAUAACACCGGAACUAUUGGCAAAAUUACUACGCGCUACGCUUAUCACCCAAAGUCUGACUGAAUUCCAUGCCGAAAAUCAGCGAGCAAGCGUGUUAGGAAAUCAAAUAGAAAUGGACAUGAUGCUUACAGUAGAGGAGAAUGAAUCACUACUGCGCGUUGGUGUAUCCUUUCAAUCAAUGGAAGCACGUCACCGAGUUUCGGAAGCCCUUGAACGAAAUUAUGAAAGACUGCGACUUCGACGGCUAGGUAAAGAACCACGGGAAUGACGAAUACAUCGAUCAGCGGACUCCUGAUGCGUAAUGCUUCCAUCUGUUUGUUUUCAUCUUUUAAAAAGCUUUAGGAUGCUUUAUCAUCUCUAGUGUUUCUUAUUUCUGGGCCGUCAGCAAUCUUAUCAGUGAAUGAAUUAAACAUAAGUGAUUGGCAAUGUGGACUUUUGGGGUAUUAAUAUGCGAUAUGCAAUUGGCUUACCUCGAAGAGAGGUUGCUUGUCCCGGCAGUUCUAAUAAUCCGUCCGCUGAUCUACCUUGUUGCAUUAUUUUCCUGACUGAUUUGAAUGAGGAACAUGAGCACAUCAAUUUUGACUUUUGAAAUCGGUGGCUGAGGCGCAAAGAAUUGGAGGAGUCCAAGACCUUCAAGGUCCUCGGUGUUAUUUUGUUUUAAACUGUCUUCACAUUUCCGCUCGUGAAACUCUUCUGGAUUGAAUUUGAGAUGCAUACAGUUCAGCCUUUAUGUUGCCAGAUUUGUCGUAAAUCAGUUACAUUCUUCCGAACCACAUGAUAUCCAACUCUAACUUAGCUUCAGCAUGGUCAUGAUGUUCUAUGUUCGCAUUGUAUGUGAUCAUGCGCUUCACUGAAACGAUGGUGACAUCCCUGCUUCAUUCAUUUUUACGAGCUUUUUAGAUCUUUUGAAUUGUUUAAAUUUGUACGUCUUCAUACAUCCAUCCUCCUUCAGUUGCUUUUUCACGAUGAAAUUCAUUGCGGUGUUUUAUGGUUCCAUAUUCCCUCCCCUGCGCUGAUAAUUUCCAAAGGGUUAAAAUGGCAAGAUUUACCUUUGUGUUAUAAUUUGGCAAAGAACUGCUUGG